GCCCGUCCGCCCGCCGCUGCCUCUCGGGAAAGGUAGUUCUGGUGAUCGUUAGUGCAGCAUAGCGUGCUGGGAGGUGUAGUCUACCCAGGCGGCCGCCUGUCCCCGCCAGAUGGCGGCCGCCAUCUUGAUUUCGUCGUUUCUGUGGCGCCAGCGGCGGGCUUCGCCUCUGUGCCUCCGAUGAGGUGGGGAACUCCGCUCCCGCCAGGCGAGGGCAGCGGUGACGCCUGGGGCAAAGCUUGCUUUGUUUUUUGUUGGAUGAGGGAGGACUCUUUCUUUCGUGAGGUUAAGCGUCUCUCCAGCCCUUCUUGAUUUCUGGCAUGAGAUGUGGCCUCGUCUUCACUGCCUCAGGCCAGCUGGACUUGGGGGGUAUUAAGUUUUAUAAGACAUACUUGUUUUCAAGAAGUACUGUGAAGAACAUGAAAAAAGUUGGGAACAGCUCGUGCAGUGAUGGAUUUCUUCUUAGAAUGGGCCUCAAUGAUAACAAAGCUGGAAUGCAAGGUUUGGAUAAAGAGAAAAUCAAUAAAAUCAUAAUGGAAGCUACGAAGGGUUCCAGAUUUUAUGAAAACGAACUUAAAAAAGAUCAACAAGUUAACCAACGAAUUGAAAAAAUGAUGCAGCUAAAAGAGAAAAUUACAACACAACAGCUCUUGAAAGCACAGUUGCAGGUGGACAAACUUGUGAUAGAACUGGAACAGAACCGUAACCUUAACAAUACAAUUGUACACAUUGAUAUGGAUGCCUUCUAUGCAGCUGUGGAAAUGAGAGACAAUCCAGAGCUGAAGGAAAAGCCCAUAGCAGUGGGAUCAAUGAGUAUGUUGUCCACUUCAAAUUACCAUGCUAGGAGAUUUGGUGUACGUGCAGCCAUGCCUGGAUUUAUUGCUAAAAAGCUUUGUCCACAUCUAACUAUAGUACCAUUAAACUUUGAAAAAUACGGCAAAGUGAGUAAAGAGGUUAGAGAAAUAUUGAGUGAAUAUGAUCCAAAUUUUAUGCCGAUGGGCCUAGAUGAAGCCUACCUGAACCUAACAGAGCACUUAGAGGAAAGACAGAACUGGCCUGAAGAUAGGAGAAGAUUCUUUUUUAACACAGAAAGCACUACAGAGAAAGAUAAAGAUGAUGUAAAUAUGUCUGCCAAAUCUGACAAAGAUGGAUACUCUUCUUCACCAGUACUGUUUGAAGACAACACACCUCUGAUGGAUGAUGACCCUGAACAAAGACAUCAGUCAGAGGAAAAUUCGGUCGUCUUUGGAAAUUCUGCAGAGGAAGUUGUGAAGGAAAUUCGGUUUAGGAUUGAGCAGAAAACUCAGCUGACUGCUAGUGCAGGAAUAGCACCGAAUACAAUGUUAGCAAAAAUGUGCAGUGAUUGUAAUAAACCUAAUGGGCAAUACAAAAUUCCUCCUGAGAGACAAGCUGUGCUAGACUUCCUGAAAGAUUUGCCCAUUCGAAAGGUGCCAGGUAUAGGAAAAGUAACAGAGAAGAUGUUAAAAGCCCUAGGAAUCGUUACUUGCUCAGAACUUUACCAGCAGAGGGCACUGCUUUCUCUUCUUUUUUCAGAAGCAUCUUGGCGUAAUUUCUUGGAUAUUUCCCUUGGUUUGGGUUCAACACAUUUGGAAAAGGAUGGAGAAAGAAAAAGUAUGAGCACUGAAAGAACAUUCAGUGAAAUGAACACAGCAGAAGACCAGUACAGCUUGUGUCGAGAACUCUGCAGAGACCUUGCUCAGGAGCUACAGAAAGAGGGGCUUAAGGGUAAAACUGUUACCUUGAAGCUAAAGAAUGUGAACUUUGAAGUGAAAACAAGAGCUUCGACUGUACUUUCUUCUGUUUCUACUGAGGAGGAAAUAUUUGCUGUUGCUAAAGACUUGUUAGGAACAGAAAUUGAUAGUGUUGCUCCUCAUCCUUUACGAAUAAGACUUAUGGGUGUACGAGUAUCAGGAUUUCUAAGUGAAGAAGAGAAGAAGUACCAACAAAAAAGCAUUACAAGUUUCCUAAAAUCAGGAAGAGAAGUUGGUUUUCUUAGUCUUCAGCCAGGGAUGUCCAACCAAGAAUGUUUCACAAAAAAUUCAGAAGCAUCUCCCAGAGGGAGUUUUUUUGAUAAAAAGCGAGCUGCAAGACAACUAAACAGGGAGAAUUUUUCUCCAAAUGAAACUGUAGGUAAACAACCUUUUCAUGAUAGGAAAUCAUCAGCAAAAUUUGUGGAAGAAACAAAGAAAGUCACAGACUUGCAGAGUUCUAAUGUAUGUAAGAUCUUCACCUGCCCUGUUUGCUUUGAGGAGCAAAGCAGCAAUAAUUUGGAAGAGCUUAAUAGGCAUAUUGAUGAGUGCCUCAAUGGAACUUUUAUUAAAGAUACUGUGGAAAUGUCCAAGAAUAACAAUUCAGGAGAAAGUACACUUAACUUUCUACCACAAGUUAAAAAUGAAAAUGUUGAUGAGUGUCAAAAAAAUAAAAAAGAUCAAUUAGCAGGAUCAGACCAGUCUGCAAGUACAUCUGACAAAUCUACUAGCAAUAGCACAGAUAAAUUCACCCAGGUAAUAUCUGAUAAACCUAAUAGAGAAAGACAGCCUAGCAAUCUCAGUGAUAUGGCUAGAAAUGUGUGUAUGAAACAGUGUCUCUUCCCCAUGAGGAUUUCACAAGGCAGUGAAGACCAUUUUGGAAAAACUGAACAUACAGAAGAAACUAGUUCAUCUUGUUUCUUUGAAGCCAAAGAAGAGAGUGUUCUUGUUUGUCCAGUUUGUAAUUCAGAACAGAAAACCACCAGUCUUGUGUCAUUUAACAGACAUGUGGAUGUCUGCUUAAAUAAAGGUCUUAUCCAGGAACUGACAGAAAAAAAAGAUUUUCCCACUAAGACCUAUAAUAUGGAAAACUCAGACAGAGUUGGAGGUUUAAGCAGAGGACAGCAAUGCACAAAUCCAUCACAAGGAACAAAAAGGUCUGGACUAACAACUUCACAGUCAGUAUCAAAAAAGGCGAAGUCGAGCAAUUCCAAGCAUACAAUAGAAAAGUUUUUUAAAUGACUGUGUGGCAACAUAUUCUAUAUGAAGUAUUUCAUAGUAUUUUAUGACUGCAAAUUCCUUUAGUGUUAUUGGUGGACUGGAUGCAGGAGCCUGUCACUUUGGAGCCAUUGUAUGAAUGUGUAGAAAGGACGUGAUGUUUGAGAUAGAAGAGGUAAAACUGAGUUUGGGGCAUGUGAUGGGUUUUGGGGCGCUUUUUUUUUAUUUUCCCAGUUGUUUCCAAGAAUCAAAAUUCUCUAGCACUUCAACUUUGUUUGUAUUGAACAUGUGGGGAUCUUUGUUAGAGUCACGAGCAGCCUCAUGAAUUCUCUCUGCUGUUGAACAAAGAGAACGGGGAUUAGAGCUGCCAUUGAAACAGCCUGUAGGGCAAAAAAGCAGGUAUCAUUAGCCGGGGUGCCAUGCUGUGCUUACUGAAGGCCCUCUUCCCACAUCUGACCUGCCUUCUCCAUGUUGGUUGUAUUGGCUGUUUUAGCCAUAGUAGCUCAGGCUGACACUGCCUUGGACAAUUAAACACCAAAUUUAAUUGUGGUACUAGGUGUGUGAUAACAAAGAAGAGCUGAGUUGCUUCAUUUCAGCUUAUGAACAUCUGCCUUCUCAGUGGACACAAACACUGACUGGUCUUGCAGUUUCAAAGGAAAAGAUCAAGAAUUUGAAGCACAGUCAAGCUUUCAUUGUUGUCGUGGCAAGUGACUUCAGUACAAGUUGAUGGACCAGCCCUGAAGGACUCAUUGUGAUGAGAAGCAGGAUGACUUCAUUGAUUUUAAAAAAUGUUAAUAAGCCUGUUGAUGAAAGAGGGAUUUCUCCAGGUUAGUCACACAAAUGCUGUUUGAUCAUUGGGCUUUCCAAAGAGACUGAGAACUUCAGUUUUCUUCACAAUUAUGAAAUAGUUACACAUCAGUAGCACUAAAUUUACUCUAAAUAAAAGGUCUCAUGGUGCAAUAAUAAUAUGAAUGAUGUGCAAAUAUGGAAGAUGCUGAACUUUUUUAUUGCUUAUUUGUCUUUUUCUUUGAAAUUAUUUUGUAUUUCUGAAUAAACAAUCUUAUGAGUGCAUAUGUGGAAGGAGGAAGUCGUUAAAGUGCAAAUAUUUAAAAUAAUGUGUUCAGAUUUUUUUCUGUUCACACCAAAUGGCUUAUAUGUGGAUGUUUUAUUAUAAUUAAAUAUUUAUCAGGAUAAUAAUUUAUGAUAACAGUGUAUUUCUUAAAAGUUACACGAACAACAUCAAACCCUGUAUGAAUUACAAACUGCUUUUUCAUUGCAAAAUCUGUAAAAGAAGCAGCUACUACAGAAACGUGUUUUGUUGUUUAAUUGUAUUGGAAGUAUCUGGGGGUUUCCUUGAUUUUAAAUAAAUGAAUAUGUACCUGGUACAUUUUAGAUGCCCAGGCUAAGUCCAGAAUGUGGGGGUUUUGUUUCCAAAUUUGCUGGAAUGACUUCACCAUCUCUACUUGCUCACCUGUUUGAUUGCCAGGUGCCACUGUACCCACAGGUCUGUCAUUUGGACUCAUGUCAGUGCUCCCUUAUCUGCUUUGGACCAGGUCAGCUGGCCUGAUUCAGACUAUGUAAGCUGAAUCAGUUGACUUUUUCUAAACCAGAUCAGUAAGCAUUCAGCAUGAGCUCUUCCAUUGACAGAGGUGGGAACUAGAAACUUUUGGUAGGAAAGACAUAAAAGCAACUCAGGGAACAAUGAUUUAAGCUAAUGCUGCUGUUUAGACAGUGAACAUCUGUCCCUUUAUAAGUUUGUAUCUGUCUGAUUCAAUAAAAAAGUGUAGACUCUAA